CCCACUAACUUACAGAAGCCAAUGAUGAUAUCUCUUUUAAAAUUAUGUAAACUUUCUCCAAUACCCGCAUUCCCAUUGAUAAGCCAUCAAUACUAAAUUUUAAUCACCCACCAUUGGAGCCUCCCACAUCAAAGGAUCCCUAGCCGGCUUAGGCUUUGUUUGUGGCAAUGAUCACUUAAUAAAAUUAUCAUUUGACCGAACAAAAAAAAAAUGGUAUUAGAGAUGUGAUGUUUAUGAAAUCUUUAACAAAUACUUUGGAAUUGAAAUAGUUGAAGAAGCAAAACUUUGGAAUUCACGUGAAAGCAGUUCAACAACUAAUUCCCUUGCAAUCUUUCUCCUCCUCCUUCUCCUGGUACUAUGUUGACUUCCUCUCCCUCAUCAUCUUCGUCUUCUUCUCGAUGGAAAUAUGAUGUUUUCUUGAGCUUUAGAGGUAAAGAUACUCGCAAGGGUUUCACAGAUCAUCUUUAUACUUGUUUACAAGAUCAUGGAAUCAUCACUUUUAGAGAUGACGAAAAGCUUGAACAAGGGGAAUCCGUCGCACAAAAGCUCCUUGAAGCAAUUAGAGAAUCAUGGUGUUCAGUCAUUGUUUUUUCAGAAACGUAUGCUUCUUCAAGUUGGUGCCUAAAGGAGCUUGUCGAGAUUCUUAAACAGAAAGAUGAAAGGGGACAUAAGGUUUUUCCUGUUUUCUAUCAUAUCGAUCCAUCUGAUUUACGGAAACAGACAGAAAACGUUAAAGAAGCCUUUGCUAAACAUGAAGAUAGAUAUAAUCAAGACAAGACGCAAAGCUGGCGAGAUGCUUUAUCUAAAGCAGCUGAUAUCAGUGGAUGGCAUUUAAAGGAUAGUUCUGAGUCACAAUUCAUUAGAGGAAUCGUUAAAGAGAUAUCGAAAAAGUUAGUUUCAAUACGUUCAAGAGUUCCUAAUAACUUGAUUGGAAUUCGUUCACGUUUGGAUGAGCUGUAUGACAAAAUAAAAUUUGGGAAAGAUGGUGUCCGCAUUGUAGGAAUUUGCGGAAUGGGUGGCAUAGGUAAAACAACUCUUGCAAGUGUUGUUUAUACCCAGAUGUCCGGUUAUUUUGAAGGUAAAUGCUUUCUUGCUGGUGUUCGAGAAGUUGCAAUGAAAUUCGGACUUGUUUCUUUACAAGAAAAGCUUCUUUCUAAGAUAUUUCCUGGAGAAAAUUUUCAGUUUACUAGUGUUUAUGACGGAAUUGAAAUUAUAAGACGUAGGCUACGUCAUAAAAAGGUUCUUGUUGUUAUUGAUGAUGCGGAUAACAUGCAGCAUUUCAAAUGCUUGGCUGAAGAGCGUGAUUGGUUCGGUUUAGGGAGCAGAAUCAUCAUAACAUCUAGAGAUGAGCAACUGUUGCGAGCCUACGGGGUGCAUGAUGUGUAUAACCCUACAACAUUGGAUGACUUUGAAGCCCUACGGCUUUUAAGUUUGAAAGCUUUCAAAAGUGAUACACCAAAAGAUGAUUUCAUGUCGCCUUCCCAAAGUGUUGUGAAAUAUGCUGGUGGCCUUCCAUUAGCUCUUGAAGUUUUGGGCUCUUUUCUUUGUGGUAGAGAUGCAGAUCAAUGGAGACAUGCCAUAGAUAGACUUAAAAGUGAACCUGAGGAAGAAAUUCACAGUCGUCUUACAAUAAGCUUUGAUGGAUUAAAGGAAAAAGAGAAGAAUAUAUUUCUAGAUAUCGCACAUUUCUUCGAAGGGUGGGACAGAUUUAUUGUAACAAAAAUAUUGGAUGGCUGUGGGUAUCGUGCAGGUAUUGGACUACCUGUUCUGAUUGAGAGAUCUCUCAUAACACUUGAAGACAACAAAAUUUGGAUGCAUGAUUUGCUACAAGAGAUGGGAAGAAAUAUUGUUAGGCAAAAGUCUCCCAAUGAGCCUGGCAAACGAUGUAGAUUGUCAGAGGAAAGUGAUGUACAUCAAGUGCUAACACAAAAUUCGGGUACAGAAGCGAUUGAAGGCAUGGUCAUCAACAGCACUAUAUGGGAACAAAAGGAGACUUUCACCUUGAAUGCUGAUGCCUUCUCGAAGAUGAAAAAACUAAGAUUGCUCAUGGUUCAUGAUCUCCUUAAAUCUUGUGAUCUCACAUAUCUUUCUAAUGAGUUACGGCUUUUGGAGUGGUCUGGAUGGCCUUUAAAAUCAUUGCCUUGGGACUUCCAACCAGACAACCUUGUUACACUUCUCUUACCUGAUAGCUGCAUUCAACAACUAUGGAACGGAGAUAGACUUUUAAAUAAAUUGAAAUUCCUUGACCUCCAAGGCUCCCGAAAGCUGAUCAGGACACCAGACUUCACAAGGAUCAAAAAUUUGGAAAGUCUGAAUUUGGAAGGCUGUACCAACUUAGUACAGGUCCAUCCAUCCAUCGCAUUUUUACCCAAGCUUAAACUUUUGAAUUUAAGAAACUGUGUAAGUCUUAGGAGUCUCUCAAUCAGUAAUGAUAUGGAGUCUCUUGAAACAUUGAUUCUUGCAGGCUGCAAGAAUCUUAAAAGGUUUUCAGAGAUCAUCGGAAAAAGGGAACAUUUGCUGGAGCUCCAUUUAGAUGGCACAAGUGUGGAAGAACUUCCUCCUUCAGCUGGAAAUCUCAGCAGCCUAAAAGUUCUUAAUCUCUCGGGCUGCUCUGUACUUGAAAAUUCACCACCAUCCUUCCUACAGAGGAUAUAUAAAAAGGGAUGCGAAGUACUACUAUCAAGUUUGAAUCCCAUGCUUUUAAAAAAAGGUUCGAAUUUCAUGGCUCUGACGUUACCUUGUUUAUCAAGCUUGAGUUCUUUAAGAGAGUUGAAUAUAAGCGGCAUGAAUCUUUGUGAAGGGGAUCUUCCUGGUGAUAUAUGUUGCUUAUCCUCAUUAGAAGAACUGAUUCUUAAUCAUAACAAUUUCGUCAGCCUACCUGCGAAUCUUAGUCAACUUACCAAGCUUUAUUGUCUCCAAUUGAUGGGUUGUAGUAAGCUUGAAACAUUGCCUCAGCUUCCAUCAAGUGUACAAGGCCUAAUGCUAGAUGGUUGCACUUCAUUGCAAAGAGUUCCAAAUCUGACAAAUCCACAUAAUCCAUCAUGGGUGACAUGGUUUUAUGGUGUUAAUUGCUUCAAAUUGGCUGCGAAUAAUAAUGCACUAAGAAUGCUAAAAGGAUAUCUUAAGACAUUUGCGAAUGCAGGAACACGUGUUGACAUCGUUAUACCUGGAAGUGAAAUUUUUGAAUGGUUUAAUCACCAGAGUGAGAAAUGUUCAAUAAUGAUACCCAUUUUACAGAAUGAUGUUCAGUGGAUGGGAUUUGCCUUGUGCUGUGUUGUCGUGCCCGCCUCCAAUAAUGUUGAUUGGACGGAAGAAGACAUUACAUGUCGUGUUACAAUCCAUUUUGAAGAUCUUACAUUUAAGUCAUGUACUCAUUGGAUAGGUUUUAAUACCCAGACCUCCAAGGACCACCUCUGCCUAUGGUAUUUGCCUGUUGAAAAAUUGCUUCAUGACCAAUUUGGGAAUUUGCAGAGCAGAGAUUGGAUACAGAGUUGUAUUGGAAUCGAGUUUUUAUUCGAUAUCGAUGGCAUGGGUAACAAGGUGAACAAGUGUGGGGCUCGAUUAGUGUAUCCAAGUGAUUUGGAGGACUUGGACCCAAUAGUGGAGCAGCCUAGCAAGAAAAGAAAAAGAUACAAUAAAGAUACGAUUGAUGGAUCAACAGGCUGCAAGAAUCUUAAAAGGAUUUCAGAGAUUACCGGGAAAAUGAAACAUUUGCGGGACCUCCAUUUAGAUGGCACAAGCAUGGAAGAACUUCCUUCUUCAGUUGGAAAUCUCAGCAGCCUAAAAGUUCUUAAUCUCUCGGGCUGCUCUGUACUUGAAAAUUCACCACCAUCCUUCCUACAAAGGAUAUAUAAGAAGGGAUGCGAAGUACUACUAUCAAGUUUGAAUCCCAUGCUUUUAAAAAAAGGUUCGAAUUUCAUGGCUCUGACGUUACCUUGUUUAUCAAGCUUGAGUUCUUUAAGAGAGUUGAAUAUAAGCGGCAUGAAUCUUUGUGAAGGGGAUCUUCCUAGUGAUAUAUGUUGCUUAUCCUCAUUAGAAGAACUGAUUCUUAGUCAUAACAAUUUCGUCAGCCUACCUGCGAAUCUUAGUCAACUUACCAAGCUUUAUUGUCUCCAAUUGAUGGGUUGUAGUAAGCUUGAAACAUUGCCUCAGCUUCCAUCAAGUGUACAAGGCCUAAUGUUAGAUGGUUGCACUUCAUUGCAAAGAGUUCCAAAUCCGACAAAUCCACAUAAUCCAUCGUGGGUGACAUGGUUUUAUGGUGUUAAUUGCUUCAAAUUCGCUGCGAACAAUAAUGCACUAAGAAUGCUAAAGGGAUAUCUUAAGACAUAUGCGAAUGCAAGAAUACGUUUAGACAUUGUUAUACCUGGAAGCGAAAUUUUUGAAUGGUUUAGUCACCAGAGUGAGAAAUGUUCAAUAAUGAUACCCAUUUUACAGAAUGAUAUUCAGUGGAUAGGAGUUGCCUUGUGUUGUGUUCUUGUGCCUGCCUCUAAUAAUGUUGAUUGGACGGAGGAAGAAAUUCCAUGUAUUACUAGAAUCCAUUUUGAAGAUCUUACAGUUGAGUCACGUACUGAUACUAUAGCUUUUAAUACCCAGACCUCCAAGGACCACCUCUGGCUAUGGUAUUUGCCUGUUGAAUAUUUGCUUCAUGACCAAUUUGGGAAUUUACAGAGCAGAGAUUGGAUACAGAGUUGUAUGGGAAUUGAGUUUUUAUUCGAUACCUCUGGCAUUGGUAACAAGGUGAACAAGUGUGGGGCUCGAUUAGUGUAUCCAAGUGAUUUGGAGGACUUGGACCCAAUAGUGGAACAGCCUAGCAAGAAAAGAAAAAGAUACAAUAAAGAUACGAUUGAUGGAUCAACAGGUUGAAAAGGUCAUAAAAGCAGGACUGAGGUGAAAUCCUUUGCGGAUAUCGUUUUGAUCCUCUCAUCUCUGCCAUUAGCAUUUUAGCCAAUGUUGUGCACGCUUUAAUAGCCUUGCGUGAAUGUAGUAUUAAUUAAACCUAAGUUGUGUUGUAAUGUGCAUUUGAAUAUUUCAUUUUUUGGUAAGUGUUUGUGUUCUUUAUUUAAAAAGUUGGAUUCAAAUCCUAUGGUGCCCUCUUAUGGUUUACAAAGUUUAAAAUUGUGUAUGCUAAGUGAAUAAAAAUAGCAUUUCAAUUGUGUUGUUACUCUUCAAUAUCCAAUUCUUGCCAUUUUCA